AAAAUAUUAAUUAUUUAAUUAUUAUAAUGGUGUUUGUAAUAAAAAGCUCUACCCACACACUGUUUUGUAGGUUUUGGGGCUUUGUCCCAUCUCAGAGCUCUCCUGUCCCGUUGUCGUUUUCCAUUCAAACCCAGAAAUGAAAAUGAACUGAAAAACCGUCACAAACUCCGGCGACGGCGGAAGGGUCACCUCUAACUCCGUUCCACAGAUCAAAUCGACCCCAUUCUGUUGAUACCUUUUUUGGUCUUUUUUUAUCGUUCUUGAACCGUCGAUCUCUCAAGGUAGAAAUUGUCUGCGUUUUUUACGACACCUUUCAUGGCGGGAUGGUCGAUGUUGGAAAAUGGAUCUGCUUUGGAUUCCCUGCAAAAUAUCGGAGCUCAUCAGGGCAACGAUGUUCUACGCGGGGAAGAAGAUGGUGGCUCCGCCGCCGCCGGCGUCGCCGUUGUUGAGAAUGGCUCGGAUGAUAAUGGUGGUCCUGAGGUACGAAGUUUGUUUGAUAAGGUUUUAGCGGCUUUUCUCAAGGCAGUUAGUAAAGAUGGAGUCUUUAGGCCUGUUCCGGUUGUGGUUGAUUACAGUAAACCGCCUGUGGAUUUGUUCAAACUUUUUCUUCUUGUGAGAAACAAAGGGGGUUUUGAAUUUGUGUCGAAGAAGCGUUUGUGGGCUAAGGUGGCCAAGGAAUCGGGUUUGGGUGUUGGUGCUACUGCUUCUGUAAAAUUGGUUUAUUUAAAGUAUUUGAGUGAAUUAGAAAAAUGGCUUGGUGAAAAGAGGUUUACGGAUCAGACCUCGGAAAAUGGAAAUUUUAGGUUGUUGUCCAUGGAGUCGGAGUCAGAGUUUAGAGAUUUGUUUCCAGACAGGGUUGAGUGGGAUGGUAGUAAUAAUAGUAAAGUAGUUAAAUUAAAAUUUGACUCCCAAAAUGGUGGUGAGUGCAACAAGAAAAAGUUGUGUUUGUCAGAUACCAUACAAUGCAAAAGAGACAAUGACGAAAAAAUUGUUCAUAAAGAUCAAGAAGGCGAUGAUCUUUUGUUGAGCUCUCUUAUUAAUAAGAAAGAGAAGACAUGCAAUAAGAGAAAGAGAGAAUCUUUGUCAGGGUUGCUGAAUUGGCUAACCGAUAUUGCUAAGCACUCGGGUGAUCCUUCUAUUGGAAUUAUAGCAGGGCCAUCUAAGUUAAUGGAGCAUGGGGAGAAAACUUUAUGGGUCCAGGCAAUGAGAGCAAGAGAGGUUUUGUUACAAACAAGGCAUCUUGAUUCCAGAAAGGAAGAAUCUUUAGUGCAGAAGAAGUUAAAGAUGCACCCCUCAAUGUAUGAGGAUAACAAUGCAGUAAUUUACCCUUCUUCAGACAGGUUGAGAUCCAGAACAAGAAUUCCAAGUGUAGUGAAAUCUCGUAGUUGCCCUUGUUGCAAGCCAUGUUCAUCCAGUCCAACUAAAUUGAUUAGUACUCAUAAAGUGGAGUUGGAAAGUGAACCGAAGGAGGAAGCAUCUGUAGUUGAUGAUUUACCAGUUUUGGUUAAAGAAGUUUACUCUUCAGAGGAUGACACCAUACAGAAACAAGUUUCUGUUGGACCCCUCUUUCAAGCUGAUGUCCCCGAGUGGACUGGUGUGAUUUUUGAGAGUGAUUCCAAAUGGUUAGGAACAAGGGUCUGGCCAUUGGAAUGUGGAGACCAAAAGGUCUCCAUUGAAACUACUGAUACUAUUGGCAAGGGAAGACAAGAAUUCUGUAACUGUCCUCUUCCAGGAUCUGUUGGAUGUGUAAGAUUUCACAUCGCCGAAGCAAGGAUGAAGCUUAAACGCGAACUUGGUUUGGCAUUUUAUCGUUGGAAAAUUGAUCGUAUGGGCGAGGAAAUUUGUCUUCAGUGGACAACUGAAGAGGAAAAGAAAUUCAAGGAUAUAGUAAGGUCAAGUAUGCACUUUAAUGAGAAGAAAGCCAGGUGGUUUAUCAGGAAAAAAAGAGAACAGGUAGUGAGUUACUACUUCAACGUGUUCCUUGUCCUGAAAAGAAGUUAUCAGAAUCGUGUAACUCCAAUAAAUAUCGAUAGUGAUGAUGACGAAACUGAAUUUGGAAUGAUAGGUGAUGUUUUUGGUAAUAAUGCAGUUAAUGUUUCAGGAUCCAAGUUACCAAAAUGUAUCCAAAAUAGGCAGUGUACUGAUUUGGAUUUAGAUCAAAUGCAGUGAGGAACAACUUUGUCAAUUUCUUAUGAUGUUGAUGCAAAUUUUGAGGCUGGUCCCUAGGUGUUUGAUGCAGACCUUGUUUAUUUUGUUGUAGACCCCCAUAUUAUAGAAUGUGUUGUGGAGAAUUCACAUGAUGGCGCUCAUCAAAAUUUGUUUGGCAUAGUAAUCGUAUUUUUAGAAAAGCCAUACAAAUUGCCUAGAUAAUGCUGCACAUGUAAAUACAUUGUCUAAUACCAAUUUUCAUCACUUUGGACUUUA